AUGCGCGCAUCAUUGAUCUUCGCCUCAACCCUAACGGCCCUAGCCGCCGCCGCCGACCCAGCCACAACAACAAUCAGCUACUUCGGCAUCGGCCAGGAAGGCGGCGCCAACAUCGCCGCCUACACCAGCACGGCCGCGCGCGUCGUCGGCAUCGACAAGUACGCCACAACCUACGAGAUCACCUGCCAAACAGACGCAGAGAAAUGUGCCCUGCCAGCCCCCGCAACCAUCAUCCAGGGCGAGAACACCUUCAGCGUCUCCCUGGCAGUUGCCGUCACCAGUGGCGGUGCUGUCGCCCGCGUCACGGCCAUGGAGUCCUGCUCUUUCAAGCACUUUUCUGAGUCUGCUUCGUGCUCGUGGACGAUGGCUUAUACCGGUUCCUAUGAUGGUACCACCGAGACUACGCAUUCUUCUGGCACCACUUCGUUCCGCGAGAGCGAGGUGACUUAUCUGCCGCUUGCUGUUACCGAUGGUGUUUAUGCCUUCACGGCUGAUGCUACGGCUUCCACUGCGCCUGUUACCAUUACGCCGACCAUGACGCCUGCUUCUUCUGAGGGUGGUGCUGGUGUGGCUAGGCCGUUGAUUACUGCUGCGCCAAUUGGGGCUGCGGUUGCGGCUUUGGCGGCUAUGCUUUAG